AUGCUCCCAGAGUGCCUGAGUACUCCAUAUACGUAUAUCCGUGUUCUCAGGAACCAUAGAGACCAGAUGCUCUAUACGACAGGCUUUGUGAAGAGGGAUGAUGAGUUUGGAUACUUUGCAGCUGUGGAAGGGGAUUUGCGCGAAGAACCUACUAUCGCCGAGCCCCAGCCAUUGCCUGUUGGCGGCUAUCGUCUCUUUGCGCUGCAGCGCAAGGCUGUUGACCGUAACUUGGACCAGUUCAUUACUGACAACCCUGACCUCAACUCCUUUGAGAUUACAGAGUUGCGAUUUAAUGGUUCUCCAAGAGGUGAAAACGUUUACCUACAGAUGAAAGAUGACAUGGCUGUACCAAUCGGCUUCAGCCACUACAGCAAGGCUGAGAGGAGAUGA